AUGAUAUCGCAGUUUGAAUGUGUGUACAGAAACAUUAUAUCGGAGUUCGCUGAUGUAGAAAUCUUUCUCAUCUCGUUAGAUAGUCUGAUAGUUGAGUGUCUUGCACAUUCGUACCAUGAUUGGACUCUUGCAGGACAAUCAAUUGUUCUUACCAAGCAGAUUGAUAGAUUCCUUCAACAGUUUGUAAAUUUUGGUGGAAAGUUCAAAUUGGUGGUUUUCACUGACUUUGCAUCGAUGUUUGCUCGUGAUACCACACUGGGUUUUGCCCGUGCUACAGCGAUUGCUCAUAUCUCUACUGGUCCCUUUGCUAAGGAUUUGGUAUACUUUUCUAGUCCUGUCGACCCUAACUGGGCACAGUUUCUCCACGAUUUGACUCCUUCAUUUUUAAUGAUCUCUACCGAUAAUGUGACAACAGAGGCUUGUGCACAGGAGGAUCUGGAUAUCACUCCUCAACUGGAAACUAUAGUGCUUGAUGCGUUAUCCCAAGCCAUACCGGUCGUACUGUUGACAUCAGUUGUUGUAAACUUUUCAUCUGUGUUCGGGUACUACAUCAAUCCACGAUUAUGCGUUAAAUACAACUGGGAGAGCUUUGCGGCAGCGCAUUGGGAGUGUAAUAGUCUUUUGCUAAAAAUGAGCAAAUCACCCACUGAAGAUGCUUCUUCUGUCAAAUCUGUUGCCGAUCUGUGGACGCGCAUCAUCCUUGCAGCAAAAAAGAGGUGCCCUCGCGAUUCACCCUCCGAGCAUUUUGAAUCUCUCUGUUGUGCUGUCAUCCUUUCUACUCUGAUUGCUAGCAAACGUGGUCCAUCACGGGUUUACCCACCAGAAAAGAAGGGUGCCAAGAGAGGCUUAGACGUUAUUAAGGAUAGGCGUUUAUUGCUCACUACAGCAACUAUGUUCUUGGAAAAGUUGAAUUUUGCGACCGUAAAGUUCUCCUUUGCCGACUUUUGGGACGGUCGAAUGGUUAUUGGCUGUUUUGACUCCAUUUGUGCCAAAGAACCUAUUCUACCCUAUCGUAUACAAGAAGACUUCGCUCGUUUGCACAACGCAGCUGCUCUCACCAAACCCAUCCCCACUGACACUGCGGAGAAACUGUUUGAUCCAAUACCAGAGUAA